ACCUUUUUCAGUUGUUUGCGUAAUUCGCACCAAAGAGCCCCGCCCUCCGCGAGCAUCCCCUGAAACUCAUUCAUCGUCACUCGAGCCCUGGCCGCCGCCGCGAGCAGACGUGUGCCGCCAUCCCGCGCGCUUCACGUGUCCAAUACAAAUAAACAUUGAGCGGUAAAGUAGCUAUUUACAUUUCGUGAGACGUCUAAGUGAAGAUACAAGUGGUUCGGUCGAGAUGAGAUGAAAACCUGAAGAAAAGAUAAUCAAAAUUUUAUUUUUACACCGAUGCAAGAUAGAUUAUAUUUAAAUAUUCAUACAACAAAUACAUAAUAAGCACAUAUAAUUAAUUAAUUAAAUUAAAAAGAAAACGACAGAUUACUAUUAAAGACGACAAUAAUCCUCGCCAAAUUGUUAAAAAGAAAAAUAAUACAGGAAUAUAUUUUUUAAAUUUUGAAUUUAGAACGCGCGUUGCCAGCCAGCACGCGCUAGUUUAGCAACAGAGUAGAUUGUUAACUUUUUAAAAUCAAAAUGAGCAUAGACUCGACGUGUUCAGCCAAGCGCCUGAACAUCGAGAGGGCGACGAAUUUCAUGAGGCAGUACCGAGACCCGGACUCCAGGGAGCUGAAGAAACUGUCCGCCAACCAGUUCAUGGAGGUCUGGAGCCAUUACGAUAACGACGGUAACGGCUACAUAGAGGGCACGGAGCUGGACGGUUUCCUCCGGGAGUUCGUGUCCAGCGCCAACUUCACCGACAUCAGCCCCGACGCGGUGUCCGACGAGAUGCUGGUGGAGCUGAAGGCGUGCUUCAUGGAGGCCUACGACGACAACCAGGACGGGAAGAUCGACAUACGAGAACUAGCGCAGCUGCUGCCGAUGGAGGAGAACUUCCUGCUGCUGUUCCGCUUCGACAACCCGCUCGAGUCCAGCGUAGAGUUCAUGAAAAUAUGGCGGGAAUACGACACGGACGGCAGCGGCUACAUAGAGGCGGAUGAACUGAAGAAUUUCCUCCGGGACCUGUUGAAAGAAGCCAAGAAGAUUAACGACGUCUCCGAAGAUAAACUCAUCGAAUAUACAGACACUAUGCUUCAGGUAUUUGACUCAAAUAAGGAUGGAAGACUACAACUCUCUGAAAUGGCCAAGCUGCUUCCGGUCAAAGAGAAUUUCCUCUGCAGACAAGUAUUCAAGGGCGCUACCAAGUUAACGAAGGACGACAUCGAAAGAGUAUUUUCCCUUUACGAUCGAGAUAACAACGGAUCGAUAGAGAACGAAGAGUUGAGAGGGUUCCUGAAGGAUUUGCUUGAGCUCGUGAAAAAGGACUACGACGCGCAAGACCUGCUCGAGUUCGAGGAGACGAUCCUGCAGGGCGUGGAAUACUCCAGCGACGGCAAGAUCAGCCGCAAGCAGCUCACCAUGAUCCUCCUCGCGCUGGCCAGGCACCACCAGGAGGAGGACGUGGCCACGCCCUGAGGACACGCACGAACUAUAGUUGUACGAGGAUGGCGGUUUACAGAGUCUUAAGUCCACUGCGGUUACUACCACCGAACAUUAGCAGUUAACUAUCCGUAAGCAACGUCGCUUGCUUGUCAAAGCUGACGUAACUUGUAUGGAUCAGACAGAUGUUUAACAGGCGAGCGAUCGGUGGCUGAAAUCCGACAAAACCUUACAUCGACAUUUUUUGUCAUGACAUGUCGAAUUGUGAUACGUCGAAGUAAGAUUUGGUCGGAGUUCUGUAGUAUCGGACUUAAGACUUGAUGUAAAACAGUUGUUCUAAAUUCAGUUUUCGAGGCAGUUGUACAAUGACGCUUUUCAAAGAACACACGUUUUACAGAGCACGAAAUAUAGGAAAGCUUUUCUGAACUUUUGAAGUCGAUUCUUGAGUCGGGGCUUGAGUGUUCAACUUUCGAUUCUUUUGCAUAAAACUGAGUGUUAAUUGUUGUAUACGCGUCUAGAAAUAUUGAGACUUAUUUUGAAAUCCAGGAAAAACAAUCUUAUUGCCAACAAAACAUAUAUAACUAUAUGUUUAUAUAUAGAAUAUUUCUUCAUAAGUAUUCCUAUUUAAAACUUUGAUUAGUGUCUGUAAAAUGUGUUCUUUGAAACUAUUAAAGAUACUUAGAGGACGCUGAAAUAUCUAAAUUACCUACCAGUUACCACACUUUAUCAUAUAUUUUUUUCUUAGCAAAAUUUGAAAAUUAUUAUUAAAACCACAUUCUUAAACUUUAGGUGAAAAAACUGAAAUGUGCCAAUUUGAUUAAGAUUUUUCUCAAACUUGUAGCGAUUCAUAGAUAAGUAUACAUUGUAUACAGGGUGGAACUUUAACCGCGAACUUUCAGGAAACCACUCAAUGCACCAGAAACCAUACAUAGGAUCAACGCGGAAAUCACGUUUUUUUUUAAAUUAAAUCUCAGAUACCAAGGUUUCAAGGUUUGGUCAGUAAAUACUUAUAUAUUUCUGUAGGAAUAUAUUAUGUAUAUUAUGUACUUACAUGUAAGUACACGCGUACAAGCAGUUUUAUUUUUUAUUUAAUGGGAAUAUAGGUAUUUAUUUUUACUAAAUGUGAAUGAUUCAAUUUAUGUUAUUAUUAAGUAAAUAAGAACGUAAUUUUAUAUUUGAAUAAAGCGAAAUCAAAAUACAUGGGCAACAACUAAAAAAAUGCCAUCACUCCGUCCUCAAAAUAAAUUAUGAUUCUUACGAAUUUCGUAGAUUCUCAUUUUUAUAAAUAGGUACACAUAUACUUUGUAAAAUAUAGCAAGUCCCAUGACGUUUGAUUGACAGAUGCUUGCGCCGUUCAAGAGUGGCACCACUGACAGCUGUCGUGUCGUACAUCAUGCUCUAUUUUACUAACCUAUACCUAUAGUGUUUUGUUAUAGUUCAAAAGUUAAUUAAGUUACAUUACGAUGAGUUUCCGUUGUAAAACCGUGCGGCGUUGUAACUUUUUUAAACUUACCUCUACCUACCAUUGUUUAUUAAUACCUACUCGUUUUUGCAUGUAGAGCCAAAUCUAAUGCCAAAUAAAUACUCACAGUUUGUACAUAAACUAUAAAGCUAUAGCCUCAUUACAAUUAUAAGAUAUAAUAUUUUCGUAAUCAUUCUACAGAUUCAUGCUUUUAUCCAAGACAAAAACAUCCAUACUAAAUCCACAUCAUAUAUGCUAACUAACUUUUACUUAAGUAUUCAAUCUUUAUCUUGAUGGUACCUAAGUAUCAAUCUUAACACGUUUUCCUAGUUACUUAAAAUAGUUACUUACCUAAUCCCACAAAUAUAUUCUCUCUCGAAUAGUGUUUAUUUUUUAUAAAUAUUAGAUUUACUAAAUCCUCCUCCUUGUCCAUUUUUAUUUUCUACACUUUGCCAUACGGUUGAUGACUGUACAACUAAAAUAACUUUGAAGAGUUUGAAGUAAAUAGGAUAGCAGUCUUUAAAAUUAUGAAGUAAAUGUACGUACUUAUUAUCUUCUCGUUAGAGAAAUGGUAAGUAAGUAAGUAUGUCCCUUGUUUAUAUAAUUUAGGUGCUAACUAAAUACAUAAAUUGAAACCUUAUUUAUUGUACCUACUUAUGUACGACUUUAAUUCUUUUUGUUCUGGUUCUCCGCCUGCAUCAAAUAUCAGUAAAUAAUUAUAUAAAAGGAAAAAAAUCAAGGAUUGUGUAUGUACUUAAGUAUAUUGAAUUAAAAGCUAUGCCUGCCUGUUUGGUAAAGGUUUCAACUAUCUUACAGAAUUUUAGACAUUGUCGGCAUGAUUUUUAUCCCAAAGAUAAAGCCUUAAGCAGGCAUUUUAAAACAUAGGGUUUGUACUAACUAAAAUAUUGUUAAAUUGGAAUUUUAAACAUCGCACAAAAAGCAAGAUCGACACUUAAGUCUCUCGAAAAUAUUGCAGUAAGCACUGAUUCAAAUGCAUCUUUCAAAUUAAGUAUAAGUUAUGUACCUAAGAUUACUUACAGAAUUUUGCAAAAGCUAGAUGGGGUUACAUAACAAUUUAUUCAAGUACUUACAUAAUUAAUAUAUAUCGACUUUUGCCAAAUGUCUCGCUCCUUCGAAUUCGCAAAAAAUAAGCUUGUACACCUAACAUGUUUGCUCAUUUGUACGCUUUUAGGUGUACCUUAAGUAAAAAUAUUACACUUAUGAAUUAAAAGGUGAGCUUAUUACGUAAUUAUGCAACCCUAUCUGCAAAAUGGUUUUGCAACUUUUUGUAAGUACUUAUAGAAUUUAAAAAAAAAACAUGAUAACUAAUUAAGUGCUUAAAAUGUUUUGUAUCAAGAAAAGUGUUUGUAGCAGGUAUCUAAAUGUUGUUUAUAAGGAUAGAAAUGAAAUUGUGUAAUUUAUAUUUUGAAGUAGGUAUACAUUGUAUUUAAAAUAGGUAGGUAUGAUCAUUUAAAUCAAUGGCAAUCAUUUACUUAAAAUAUUAAACUGCAAGUACCCAACGAUAACGGGAAAAGACAGAUACAUACUUAUCUACUUUAUCGCUAGAAUUUCUGAAUGUUACCUGAAAAAGAAAUAAUUUAAGAGAGAGAAGUAAAUAUCAACACUAAUAUAGGCAAGUACCUAAUUAUUAUAAAGAGGAAAGAUUACAAUAUAAUGAGUAUGUUAAAGCAGGUAUGUUGUUAUUAGGUAUUAUGUUGGUAGUUAUAAUCUUUAUUAUGGUCUAAAAUCUGUGUUAGGUAAUAAGAUGGCUGUUGUGGAAAUUGUUGUGAUGAUGUUAUAGUGAGCUUUAUCAGAUACCUAUAUAUCAUUAAUAUAAAAAAACGUAUUCAUUGUUAUGCACAGGCGAAAGAUUCUUUAUAACCACAUAAUAUUUAUAAGUAAGUAAGUAUCUACAUAGUGAACCCUAUGUGAUGUGAAUUGUGAACCCAAGUCCUUUCAUCCAUUCACCAUAGAAAAAUGGUCGCCACCGUGCUAGUGUCUUCAUUAUUUCAAAGGUACAAUACCUCCAAUAUUAUAGUAUAUACUGGAUGGCCUGUUUAAAAUUAGGUAAAGUCAGGCAGUGCACAAUGCACACUUUGCAAGAAGUAGUUACCUACCCAAAAAAUAAUUAAGAAGACGCGACUAUGUAAAGUGUUUUUUUCAAUGGUGUUAGUAGACACAGUCUAAGUUGUACGAAAGCCACAAAACCUUACCUGAUAAUUAGCUGUACCUAUACCUACUUAUGUUUUAUUCUAAAAUCUGCUAUUAACUAACUCAUGGCAUGGCCGAUACCUAGUUAAUUAUUGGUUAUGUAGAAUUGCUAAGCUAUCCCCAAAGUUUAGCACGCUAGCCGUGUUUGAAAUAAAGAAAUUUUGUUAUUAAAUAUUUAUAUUUGUAA